AUGGGUAUCAAGUUUUUGAAUCUGCAGACCAUUCCCUGGUGUUUUCACUUGAUGAGCAACCCUGUAUCCUGCAUGCACCUCCAGCCUGAGGCGCCUGAGGGCAGUGGCACCAUCAAGCUCAUCAAAUCAGACGGCAUCGUCAAGAUCUAUGACCGGCCCAUUCACGUGUCGGAGCUUAUGCUGGAGUUUCCUAAGCACCGGGUGUGCCACUCUGAUUCGUUCUACAUAGGCCAAAAGAUCCCAGCUCUUUCCGAGGAUGAUGAGCUUCAGCUUGGCCACAAGUAUUUUCUCCUCCCCAAACAUUUCUUCCAAUCCGUCCUCUCAUUCGUCACUGUGGCCUCCUUUGCCUCAUCCCAAUCCCACCCAUCCCCGGAUUCAUCUUCAUUGAUGUCCAGAGACUCGAAGAACGCGUUUCUGAAGAAGGCUGCCAGUUGCCAGCCUUUCGAUAUACAGAAAACUCCAUCUGGGUGUCUGAGGAUAAGGGUAUCGGAUGAGUUUAUAGCGCAAUUGAUGGAGGAAGGGAAGAUCAAAGAUGAGGACGGGGCUGCUGAGACCUCUUCGGGUAAACCCAAGAGUAGAGUGUGCACUACGCCUCAAUUACAGAAGGAUUACACACAGCUUGUUGGGUCUCGGCAGUGGAAACCCAAGCUGGAGACCAUAAAAGAGACAGAGAAAAAGAAACUUUCUUCAUUUGGAAUGAAGAGAAGGAAGAAAUCUCAAACGAAAGCGACCCAGAAGGCUCAGAGAUCCGAACAACACCCUCAUUCCACUUCUGUGAAAGCUCCUUCAAAAGCUAAGAUCAAGAGAUCAAGAAAAUGA